CAAGUCGCUUCCAAGUAUCGCUCGCUCGAUUACGCACGUCGUCGAGGCGAACGAGCCGCGGAAUUUGCAAGUCAUUCGAGUCAUCUACGGUCACGAUUGCUGUUUCAUGGUCCUGACGACGAAAAGAACGCGAAAUUCUUCCCUAUCACUAUACAUAUAUCUACGCGCGCCUCUCUUAAUUCCUCUGUCGUUCUCGCGAAAUUUUUCACGUGGCGCACUUUAUUCCGAUGAUGAUGUAUCUGCCUAUAGAUUCUCUCUAUCUGUAGAUAUAUUCUCUCCUACGUAUGUAAAAUAUCUCCGAAAGAGGGAGGUCUUUUAUUUUACACAUACUUUUACGCCGCGAUAUUUCUUCCUCGUUUAUUUAUUACCGAGUCACCGUCAGGGACACAUAUAUCAUAUACACACGAUGGAUUAUUAACCAGCCAGUUAGCCGACCACUAUCGGAGGUGCGGACUAAUAAGGUACACCGGCCUAUCUACAGUUCUACAGUGCAAAUCGUGACGAAGCGAUCUCUUGUCGCGGCUCCAAAAGAGAGACCAUCCCACCCGCGCGUGUCCGGGACACCCGAUCGGGCACUCGAGUCGCGAUCGACAGCGGCAAACACUGCGCACACGUCCGCGUGACGCCGCAUCUAUCGGCGGAGCAGAGUCGGCGUCGGAGGAUGCCUGCGUCAUCGUCAUCGUGUUGUAUCACUCUCGGCGAGCUCCGAUCGCGAAACAUGAGUUUCCCCGUCUCGACGAUUCCUCGACGCCAGUAGAUCGCCCGCGAUCCUGGCCAGCCGGCUCGAUUUAAUGGAUGGGGAGAGAGAUUAUCAACAGAAGAAAGGGGCACGAAGUGGCUUCCCAUCUCAGAGCAAUAAUGCGUCGAACACGCCACUCGUAUCAGGGGAAGAAACGGAUUGGGAGGGUAUGCUCAAUACGGAGAAGCACAGAGGCGACCUCGGGGACAUGACAUUCUGCAUGGCAAAUUAUCUUAAGGAAGCCAUGAAGAUGAUGUUCAUGAUGCGCAGCCAUCAUAUGCUGACUGACGUUAUACUGGAAGUUGGUACCGAACUGUUCCAUGCGCACAAAGUUAUUUUAGCAGCUGCUAGUCCCUACUUUAAGGCAAUGUUUACCGGAGGAUUAAAAGAAUGCGAGAUGACAAGAGUGAAGCUCCAAGGUGUCUGUCCGACAACAAUGGCUCGUUUAAUGUAUUUCAUGUACACUGGUCAAAUAAGAGUCACUGAGAUUACAGUGUGUUCACUGCUAUCAGCAGCUACCAUGUUCCAAGUCACUAAUGUGAUAGAUGCGUGCUGUGUUUUUUUGGAGAGGCAACUGGACCCCACGAAUGCGAUUGGAAUCGCCAACUUUGCGGAGCAGCAUGGUUGUCAUGAUUUGUACCACAAGGCAAAUCAGUUCAUCGUCCAGCAUUUUAACCAGAUAUGCCAAGAGGAGGAAUUUCUGCAACUGUCUGCCAUACAGCUGGUGGCGCUGGUGAGGAAAGACGAGUUAAACGUGCAAGAAGAAAGGGAGGUUUACAAUGCUGUGCUAAAGUGGGUCAAGUACAACGAGGACGCGAGGCGACCCAAGAUGGAACACAUCUUGCACGCGGUACGCUGCCAGUAUCUCACGCCGAAUUUUUUGCGGGAACAGAUGAAAAACUGCGACGUGCUGAAAAAGGUGCCGGCCUGUCGCGAGUACCUCGCGCAGAUCUUCAAAGACUUGACGCUGCACAAGAAGCCAAUUGUCAAGGAGCGUACACCGAAUACACGGCGAGUGAUAUACAUUGCUGGCGGUUUCUUUAAGCAUUCGCUCGACGUGCUGGAAGGCUACAACGCCGAUGACAAGACGUGGACGCAACACGCCAAGCUGAUCGUACCUAGAUCCGGUUUAGGCGGCGCCUUUCUAAAAGGAAUGUUCUACGCGGUCGGCGGCAGGCAUAACUCACCAGGAAGCAGGUACGACAGCGAUUGGGUUGACAGGUACAACCCGAUGACGGACCAAUGGCGACCUUGCAGCCCAAUGUCGGUACCUAGGAAUAGAGUCGGAGUCGCCGUGAUGGAUGGUUUAUUGUAUGCUGUAGGAGGUAGCGCGGGUGCCGACUAUCACAAUAGCGUCGAAUGUUAUGAUCCAGAUCAAGACACGUGGACCAGUGUCAAAUCUAUGCACAUCAAGAGAUUAGGCGUAGGAGUAGCAGUAGUGAAUAGAUUGCUAUACGCGAUUGGCGGUUUCGACGGCAAGGAUCGUCUCAGUUCGGUCGAGUGUUAUCAUCCUGAGAACGACGAAUGGACGAUGGUGCCGCCUAUGGAGUGCAGUCGCUCCGGGGCUGGAGUUGCCAGUCUAGGUCAAUACAUAUAUGUUAUAGGCGGAUACGACGGGAAAUCGCAAUUGAAUUCGGUGGAGAGAUACGACACGGAACACGACGUCUGGGAAAGUGUGAGCAGUGUUAGUAUCGCUCGCAGUGCGCUAAGCGUCACCGUCCUCGACGGCAAAUUAUAUGCAAUGGGAGGAUAUGACGGCGCGACGUUUGUAGAUAUAGUAGAAAUUUACGAUCCGACUCAGGACCAAUGGAUCCAAGGUGUGCCUAUGACAUCAGGGAGAUCUGGCCACGCCAGUGCAGUAUCGUACUAUCAGUGUCCCAUACAUUGCGAUCAUUUGGAUCAUAAUAUUUCGCUAGAGAAACCACCAUCGUGAUACAUAGACUGAGUCAAUUUUUUUCUUUUUUUUCUUUUUUUUAAUUAACGUUCGAUAGCAACGAUGCCAUUAGUCUUUCAUUUACGAAAGAGAAGUGUAAAACUAAAACUAAGAAAACAAAGUAAAAAUACGCGUCAAACUUCCCAAUCGACAUUUAAGGGAACUCGACUGAUAAGUGUAUUUAUAGCACACUACAUACUGCGAUGUGUCAUUGAACUGGAUCAAGAUGGUUGAUUAGAAAAUUGUGACUAGCUGACAAAAAGUGCAUUCUCAACAAAACGAAGUAAGUUUUGUCGACUUAUAAAGGACCAAUUUAUUGUAUCCAUUAAGAUAAAUAUGCGACUGUGCUACUUUACAGCUUUUACAGCUACUUUACAGCAUAUUUUACAGCUUUUUAAUUAUAGAUGACGCUAUAAUUAAUAUAUAUACAUAGACAGAGAGAGAGAGAAAGAGAGAGAAAAG